CGCUCGCUCCGCUGCCGGGUUCCACUUCCUGGGAAGUUGGCGGUUGGCGUUCGCAGUUUGUGGCGACUUCGGCUCCCUCUCAGCGACCGCAGCCCCAGCCCCUCCGCGGCGGGGCCCGCUGCCGCCGAGCUGGAGCCUGCGGCGCCGCAGGACGAGCCGGGGGCAUCCUGCGAGCCGGGCCCGGCGCAGCACGACCAGCCCGGGGCGCCCAGCCCAGCCGCCGGCGAGCCGGGCCCGGGGCAGCAGGAGCGGCGGCCCCGGCUGCCCGCCUGCCUGUCGCAGAUGGAGGCCAGCCUGACGUGCGCCGUGUGCCUGUCGCUCUUCGAGGAGCCGGUGACGCUGCCGCUCUGCUCGCACAACUUCUGCCGGGACUGCGUGCUGGAGUGCCUGGCCUCGGCCGAGGCCGCCCGCCUGCAGCAACAGCGGGGCCAGGGGCAGGCCCGCCUCUCCCGGGGGGGACCGGGGCUGGGCGCUGGCGGCGGCGCGGCCGGCGCCCGAGUGUCGUGCCCGCUGUGCAGGAAGCUGUGCCCGCUGCCCCGCGGCGGCGCCGCCGCGCUGCCCGUCAACACCACUCUGGCGGAGGUGGUCAAGCUGUACCGGUCUGGCGCAGCUGGAGCCGCCAGGGCGGGGGAAGCGCAGCCGGGGCCUGGGCUGUUCUCCCCGCUGGCGCUCGGGGGAACCUGCCAGAAACAUCCGAGCCGGCUGGUGCAGCUCUACUGCCGGAUGUGCCGCCAGGCGGGCUGCGGGCAGUGCAUCUCUGAGGAGCACCAGGGCAUCUUCCACUCCGUCAACCUCAUCGACACCGUGUACCAGGAAGAGAAAUUAACCUUCUUCAGCAGUCUGAAAAAAAUGAGAAAACUAAAUGAGAAGCUGAUGAAUGAAAUCUCAAGUCAACCAAAUGAUAUGGAUAUGGUGCUGAACAAUGAUGCGGAGAUAAUUGCACUGGAAUUUGGAGAAAUUUUCAAAACCCUGGAAAUGAAGAAACGGCAAUUGUUAGAAGAUGUUGAAAAUCAAAGAAGUAAAAAAGAGAAAGAAUUUCAGAUUUGGAAGAAAAUGAAGGAAGCUCACAAGAAGACCAUUGAGAAUUUUUUGAAGGAUUGUGAAAAGCUUGUCCAUGAGUGUGAUCCUCAGCGUUUCCUGGAGGUGGCCUGUGGCUUGAAUACAAGAAUGAAAACUCAGCUUGACCUGAUGAAUAUAGCAUCCAGCUAUGAAAAACCAUCGGAGUAUACACAAAAGAAGAUGGAUAUCAAACCUGUGGUUAAUGAAAUCUUGGCUUUGAAGUUAAUGCCCGUUAAUGUAGGCAUUGCCAAAGAUCUACCUUCUGGAGGAAUUGAGAACUCAACAAAAAAUCCUCUAUUUAAAAAUAACAUAAAGCAAUGGCAGGACCAGAAGAGUACACCCAACACAUUUCUUCCUGUGCUACGACAGGAGGAAGCACAAGCAGACGGUAGCAGGAUCUGUACUCGCUUAAUGUCAAUAUCAGAAAUGGCGGCGUUUCAAAACAUGAGUCAUGAGGAGAUACGUUACAAAUACUAUAUGGAACAUCAGAAGCUCACCGAUGAGUUCAAGACACAAACUUUACCUGCAAAUAAGAAGCAUAAAUUUGUGACUGCUGCAGCUUUAAAGGGUAGGUCCUCAGGAAGUCCUUCUGUAUCUUCACCUAUCAAAGCAAAUAAAACAGAUAAUGAAACCCUGAGAAGAGCAGAUGGCUUUGGCGUGAGAAGCUUUUCUGGCACUAGUGAUUACAGCAUCCCAUCUGAAACAAAUGGUGACUUAAAAUUAUUUCACGAGAGAGGUUCCCAGGAUGUAACUACUCUAGCCUUAUCAGAAAACUCUAAAGACUUUGUAAUCAAAGAAAAAUUACCAACACAGCCAUCGGCAGUUAUUGUUUCCAAUGACAUGGACACAAAUUCUAGCACUUCAUCCAGCUUAAAACCAGCAACUGUUUCAAAUUCAGAAUUUCUAGAUGUUUCUGCAGAGAGACUUUCUGCUUCAUCUUUUGCCUUCAGUGCAUGUAACAACUCAUUACCCAGAUUUAUUAAAGAUGCAGGUACAUUUUCCUUUAAAAAUAAAGAUGGGAAAUAUGUUUUCCCUCAAUUUUAUCUAGGAAAAUGUGACAGUGCAGGUAAAACAGAUAACCAGGAUGAAAUCAAAUUUAGAAAACAUGGUCAUGUAACCAAAACCAGAGUUUCUGAUGCUUCAACCAGUUCUAAUUUAGACUCAGCAGAAAGUGAGAAGCCAGACUUUUCGUUUCCUUUUGGCAAUUCAGAAAAAUUGUUUUGCAAUUCAUUUAAGGUUCUACAAUUAUCCUCAUUCUUUAGCCAAUCUGACAAGCCAUCUGACAAAAAUACAUCUCACAUGAGAGAAAAAACACUUUCUGCAAAGGAGACUGCAGAAUAUGGUACACAGAAACCAUCUGCCGCAGGGGAACAAAAAGCUGAUGCCUCAGAAUCCAUCACAAACGUAGCUUGCAGUACUUCAGAAACCAGCACUGCAGCUGGGGUGAAUGAUGUCUCUGAGACCCCUCUUUUCCCCAGUAAUUGUGCAUUUUCCUUUCAAAAUAACUGUGUUCAGUUGUCUUCACCAGUAUUUUCAUUUGGAAGUAUUGUCAGAAAUACCUCUGAUUCCCUGAAUUCCUCCAUGUUUUUUUGUGGAAAUGGCACUGAAAAAGUGAGAUCUCCUGACAAAACACCUCUCAGUCUAGGGAAGCCUGUAUCUUCUGAGUGUGCAGAGCCUGCUUCUAGACAUAGUCAUCCCAAGUGUGAAGGUUCAUUCUUCCCUGGGAACUCAUCUAAGAAACCUGAAAGUGCAGAAAUGCUUGCUGAUAGUAAUGCUUCCUGUAGUCAGCCUUUAUAUUCAGUUGUCCUUCCUGGUAAAUAUGAGAACGCGUCUUCCACACAACUUACUGUUACAGCAACAAACCAAGAAGCAAAGAUAAAAGACGAAGAAAGUGAAACUGUUGUUGAAAACAGCUCUUGCUGUCCUAGGGGGGAAGAUGAAUGUGAGUCUGUACAGUUUCAGAAUGCAGCUUGUUCUCUUCCUGGCACAUGCAAGGAUCCAUCUUUGGGAGGUUCUGUGCUGACGGUGAACGAGACAGGAAGAAUGCCAAGUGACGGCGAUUCUGACACUGAAGAGCUAAGUCAAACAUCCGUCUCUACUGAUGCCAGCAGUGCAUCAGAAUAUUUUUCUGUUGCUGAAGACAAAUUAUCUACUAGAAGAAAAUCAGAGACAUGAAGAGAGAGAGUGAAAUGGAAAAGAUAACUAUACCUAAAUAAGCUGGAAUUUAAUAAAUGCUACUUAGCAUGUUAAAAA